AUGGAUUAUUAUUUAUCAACAGAAGAAGUUCUUAAAAUUUGUGCUUAUGAACAAAUAUUAACAUAUGAUAAUAUUCAAUAUAUUUGUCAAGAAAUAUUUUCUACUAAACAAAUAUUAGAUACAAAUGAUCAAUCGCAUCAUCAACAAAAAUCAUCAAUUGAUAUAAGUAUAGAAAAUAUACAAGAACAAUCUAAUAAGAACUCUUUAGCUUUGAAUAUCGAUCAACAAAAUACUGAUCGUAGAAGUGAAGAAGUAAAUAUUAGCAGAGUGACAAGAUUAGAUUUACAAGAAACUAGUCUUACACUUCAAUCCAUACUUGAUUGUUAUACUCGAAAUAUAUCUAUGUAUACUCAUGAUUCUGUUCUUCGACAUAAAAUAGAACAAACAAUCAUAAUAACUAUAUUUGAUUAUAUUCUUCAUUUUAAUCAUCGAACUAUGAUCAAUGAACAAUUAAGAAAAUUAUUUAAUGGAUUUAAACCUUUGGCUGUUUAUAAAGCUCAAUUAUUAAUUGAAAAAGAAUUGAUAGUUAUUAAAUUAUUAUUAAACAUACGUAAACAACAAGCAUCAUUAACAAUUGAUGAUCUGAAUAGAUAUCUUGAAGAUAUAGUCAAUGAAUUACGUCGUUCAAAAAUUAUUUCACAAUCUCUUGCUAAUAAUUAUACAAUGAAUCAAUGUUAUGAAUUAAAAGUAACUACACCUGAAGCUCAAGCUAUAUUUCUUUUUUAUAUGAUGAUUAAAUUAAUUCAAAAAGAAGGUUAUAUUGAUGAAAUUCAUACAAGAGAAAUUCUUAAUCAAUAUCAAACAAAUACUGAAAAUGAAAAAUUUAAUAUUAUUUAUAAACAUAUUCUACGUCAUGGUUUUCUUACUAUUGAACAAGUAAUUCAAUCAGCGAAAGAUUUUUUUCUACAAGAUUAUCUUAAUGAAGAUAUACUUAAAAAUCAAUCAAGUGAAUAUAAAACUGUCAUUCAAGAACAAUUCUUAAUUAAUAUACUUGAUCGUAAACAAUUAAGUAAUAUACAAUUUGAAUUAGCACUUAAUCAAAAUAUGCGUCGACGUCAAGUUAUUCAAACAAAUAUAUUAAGUGAUCAAAUAAAAAAUGCUAAAAUAGUAAAAGAAAAAGUUCAACGAAAAGUUGAUCAUGCUCUUUUAAAAAUGGAUGAAAAUAUACAAUCAUUUUCUAAACCAACACAAAUAUCAUCGCGUUUAACAUAUAAUAGUCUUGUUAAACAACAUAAAUCUCUAAUUGAAAAUAAUCAAAAACUAUUAAUGAUAGAUAAAAAUAUAAACAAUGAAUUAUUACUAAAUUUACGUUCAUUACGUCAUAAUUAUAUACAAACUAAAAUACCACGAAAUCAAUUACAUUUAUUAGUUGAACAAGGUGGUUGGAAUAAUGAUAUUUAUCUUGAAUUUAAACGUGAACUUAAUAUAAUUGAUUCUAAUAAUUCAUUAGAUCUUAUACGACAUAUAACAUAUAAUAUAUCAUUAUUAAUUAAAGAAAAUGGUUCAAUUGCUGAAAAACCAUUAAUGAAACAUUUUCAACAGCAUCAAAUUUUAUUUCAUGCUGAUUUUCAAUUAUUACUUAUUCGUUAUGGUAUGAUAGCAUUAGAAGAUCUUAUAGAUUUAUUAAUUGUUAGUAAAUUAGCUAAACCUGAUGAAAUUAAAUCUUAUGCCAAAACAAUAUUCUGUCUUAAUGUAAAUAAAUUUAUGGAAAUUUCUAAAUCACAAGAAACUGCCUUAGUAAAAAAACAUCAUGUACAAAAUAAUUUAGAAAAAAAAUUAUGUAUAACAGCAACUGAUCUUUCUCAAUUACUUAAUCAUGUUCUUAAACUUGAUCGUCUCAAACGUAUCAUUGAUAUGAUGACAAUAAUUAAAAACUAUAUACAUUUACACUAG